AUGAUUCAUGAUGCGCCAAGGGCUUAUCAUGGCUUAGAAGAACACAUUGGAGCCAAUAAAGAUCAAGGAGAUGUCAUCGAUGCUAGCCUGGAGGAGCAUGGAGUUGGAAGCACUUGUGACUGGCCAUUGCUUGGAGAAGCCGCGCAACACCGGCCACAUGACCGGCCAUCGCAUGGGGCAACCGGCCACAAGCGGCCAUCGCUUGGCGCACCAACCGGCCACAACCGGCCAUCGUUUGGGCCAUCCGGGCAAGACCGGCCUUUUGAUCCUUUAGCCAUUCCGCAAGGUCCAAUGACUAGGGCUCGGGCUAAAAAGUUCAAGGAAGCUUUAUUGGGCUUUGUAAGAUCUCAUCUUGGAGGUACAAAGGAGAUGUAUUGUGCGAUAUCUUACCCAUGCAAGCAUGUCAUGUACUACUUGGGCGACCAUGGCAAUAUGACAACAAAGUUCAACAUGAUGGUGAGGCAAACCAAUAUACUCAUGUGUGGUAAGAAGCCCUUUACUUUUAUUCCAUUAUCACCUCAAGAAGCUUUAAAAGAUCAAUUAAAAUUGAAAGAGGAAUUUACUAAGAUGGAAUCCGAUUAUAGGGCUAGAGAAAAGAAUAAACAUGCUAAGUUAGAUGUGAAUUGCGAUUUAGUUGAAAAGCAUGCUAGUUCUAAGAAGGUUGUUAAGGAGUAUGUGUUUCCUGAGGAGAUUCGUAGUGGUUUACCACCAAUUAGGGGGAUUGAACAUAAAAUUGACUUCAUCCCUGGGGCGCAAAUUCCAAAUAAGCCAGCUUAUAGGACAAAUCCUGAAGAAACAAAGGAAUUGGAGAAGCAAGUUGGUGAGCUACUUCAAAAAGGUUUUGUGCGUGAAAGCCUUUCUCCAUGUGCCGUUCCUGUGUUGCUUGUUCCUAAGAAAGAUGGGACUUGGAGAAUGUGUGUUGAUUGUAGGGCAAUAAACAACAUCACGGUAAAGUAUCGUCACCCUAUUCCUAGAUUAGAUGAUACGCUUGAUGAAUUGCAUGGUGCUUGUCUAUUUUCUAAGAUUGAUCUUAAGAGUGGCUAUCAUCAAAUUCGCAUGAAAGAGGGUGAUGAAUGGAAAACUGCCUUUAAAACUAAAUUAGGGUUGUAUGAAUGCCGAAACCUAGAUGAGCAUGUUAGGCAUCUAAGAUGUGUGUUAGAUGUACUUAGGGUUGAGAAAUUGUAUGCUAACAUUAAGAAGUGCACCUUUUGCACAAACAAGCUUGUUUUUCUUGGUUUUGUGGUUUCAUCGCAAGGUAUAGAGGUUGAUGAGGAAAAGAUCAAGGCAAUCAAAGAAUGGCCAACACCCACCAACGUUGGACAAGGUAAAUUAAAAGUGUUAUGGAUAAGAGUUGGCUGGACAAGGAUAGGUGUAGUAAUGCUUAUCAGGCUAGGUUACAAACAGUUCCUUAAUGUUGCUUUUGAAAAAACAAGUCGUGAUAAUGAGAUAUUAUGCCCAUGUUGUAAGUGUGCAAACGAGUUGUGGCGUGUCAGAGCCGUUGUAGAAGAGCAUUUAGUUGUUUUCGGGUUUGUAAAAGGGUAUAAGAACUUCUGUUGGCAUGGUGAUGAUUGGCCUCAAUCAACUUCAAGUAUGCCCACAUGUAGAGGUAGUUCAAUGGAGACAGUAGGAGGAGACAUCUUACGAGAUGACGUGGAUGGAUUGUUGCGUGAUGCAUUGAAUAUACAUGACCGACAAUCUUUCCAUGAAUCUGAACUUGAGAGUGAUGCAAAUGUCGGUGAUGGUGUUGAAGAUAUAAGGGACAGAGAACCUACUGCAGAGGCAUCAAACUUCUAUAAGUUACUUGAAAGUAUGAAUGAGCCUCUUUACCUGGAUUCCCAAUAUUCAAAGUUAUCCUUUUCAAUAAAGGUUUUGCAGUUGAAAUGCUUAUCUGGCUUCAGAGGCUUUUCAAAGUCUAUAACGUGGCAUGCCGAUGGGCGAACCAAUGAUGGGAAGUUGAGGCAUCCGGCGGAUUCAUUGGCGUGGAAAGAUUUUGAUUCUAGGUAUCCGGAUUUCGCUUCGGAAAAUAGAAAUGUUCGUCUUGGGCUUGGGGCUGAUGGAUUUAGUUCGUUUAAGACAAUGAGUACUACUCAUAGUACAUGGCCAGUCGUCCUAAUUGCUUACAAUCAAGCACCCUGGAUCGGGAUGAAGCAAUCUUCUUUCAUUUUGGCUAUGAUAAUUCCAGGGGAGAAAGCUCCGAGGAAUGACAUUGAUGUGUAUUUGCAACCUCUCAUUGAAGAGUUGAAACAAUUAUGGGACGGAGUCAUUACUUAUGAUGCAGAACGAAAAGAGAAUUUUAACCUUCGUACUGCAUUAUUGUGGACUAUCAAUGAUUUCCCUGCUUAUGCUAAUUUAUCUAGAUGGAGUACUAGAGGUUAUUUUGCUUGUCCCUGUUGCACGGCCGAAACAUGCUCCACUUGGUUGAAGAAUGGUGAGGAGUUUUCUUAUAUGGGACAUCGGAUGUGGUUGAAAGCAGACCAUCCCUUUAGAUCACAAAAGCGUGCUUUUGACAACACGGGGAAAAAGAAAGAUCUAAAAAGAAGAAGGAAUGUGGAAGAUGGUGACUUGGAAGAUGAUGAUGGAGAUGGGCCAAAUGAUGCAAAUUUGUGGAAGAAGAGGAGUAUUUUCUUUGACUUGAUUUAUUGGGAACACAAUCUACUGCCUCACAACCUUGAUGUGAUGCAUAUAGAGAAAAAUGAGAAGGAGGUCUUUUGUCAAGUUUUGAAGAACAUCAAAGUUUCGGAUGGGUAUGCGUCAAAUAUAUCAAGAUGUGUGAAUGUCAGUGAGCGAAAAGUGUACAAUUUGAAGUCACAUGAUUGUCACAUCUUAUUGCAUGACUUACUUCCAGUAGCCUUACAGUCGUCAUUGCCAAAGAGAGUGACAGCAGCCCUAAUUGAGCUUUGUAACAUAUUCAAAGCUCUUUGUGCUAAGGUUCUAAAGCUAGAUGAGCUCGACCAACUCCAAGAUCGCGCCGCAUUAGCUUUAUGCAAUUUAGAGAAGAUUUUUCCUCCUAGUUUUUUCACGAUAAUGGUGCAUUUGGUUAUUCACUUGCCAUUACAAGCAAAACUUGGGGGACCGGUUUCUCCGAGGUGGAUGUAUCCAGUCAAAAGGUUCUUAGGUAAGUUGGGGUCUUAUGUGCUAAACAAACGGUUUCCGGAAGGGUCCAUUGCCGAAGGUUACUUAGCAGAGGAAUGUAUGACAUUUUGUUCUAGAGAGUACAAAAGAUCCUUGGUCAUGAAUUCUCGUUCUCGACGACCUAACCAACUUGAUGUUGACAAGUUAUUCACGGAAACAUUUCCUGAAUGGUUAAGGGAGAAGCAUAUUUUGUUACCAUUUUCAGAUUUGGGGGCAAUUAUGAAGCGAAAAGCACAAAGGGAAGCAAAUGCUGCAAAAAUAAGCAACUCCAAGCGAGCAAUUCAGCAAAGCUGUAGGGAUGAAAGAGGUCAAAUUGCUGCAACCAAUUCUAUACCCAAUGUCUUGGGCAAUUCUGUUCCUUCCGGUCCAACCGCAAGGGACGCAGCAGGUGCCUCUGUUAUGGGACCCCGGAAUCCCACUCCGACCCCAAGUGAUGCAGCAAAUGUUUCUGGUCCACAUGGCCCUUGUGCGAGUAAUGGAGCGGGAGAAUCUGCUCCUGAUUCCAAUCAUUCUGAGGAGAUCAAUGGUGAUUCUUUGACCACUGUGUGGGUUGAUGACAAUGGACAAAGGAAACAAGCUAAAACAAGUCUGAAUAGGUUGUGGAAGGCAAUUCCUCCAUGUAGAGUGAUUGUGUCUGGUAAUGAAAUUGGCCAACCUAUUGGAAAUGAAGCUAAACUACUUGGUGGAUUUAUAGGGAAGCUGUCUUGGCAACAGCCCCUUCUUCCAAUCAAUCCAGAAUCAUGGAAAAAGUAUCCAAUGGGAAAAAAGAUAGCUGCCAUCAAGUAUAUUGAGACCAGAUUUCGUCUUGACAUACCACAUUCAUGGGUGUUCAAGAAUAUGGGGAAAAAGUGGAAGGACUUUAAGCAUGAUUUGAUAAAAUUAUGCUUUAAUAGAGAUGAUGGAUGGGAUGUCACUAUCUCUUUGCGACCUCUUGAUAUAGACAUUGAUGCUUAUGAUGAGAUGGCCAGAUUUUGGUACUCAACAAAAGGAGAGGAAAAUGAGAAAAUAGGAAUAGAGAGCCGAAAACAGCAAAAGUUUUCUCAUUGUGCAGGCUCAAAAAGCUUUGCAAGAGUAAGGGAGGAGCUGCAAAGGGCAAUGGAGUUGCAAGCAACCGCAGCUGCUGGGGAUACAGAAAAUUUGACCCCAAAUGAACUUGAAUACAUAAUUAUGGCUGAGGUGCUAGGACCCGAGAGAAAUGGCAGAGUCAGAUGUUUUGGAUUCGGAGCUACACCAACUAAUGCAAAGGGAAUUACAACGGCAACAAGAGCUUGCAAAUUUCAAGAAGAAAGACAAGCGGAGAUUGCUCGGUUUCAGGAGCUGGAACAACAAAAUGUUGUAAUGUCAGCGAAACUAAGUCAGUUAAUGAAAUUUGUUGCUGAAAAAUUCCCAGGUGAAGAACUCGGACAGCCUAACAAUUCCCCACAGGGCACUCAAAAUGGCAGUGGCAGUGAUGAUGGCGGUGGCGAUGCCGAUGCCCAAAACCUUUUUGUUAAUAAUACAUCGAUUUCUAGUGCACAAUCACAUUGUGGUCUAAUUGAAGACUUAAGGCCGACGAACGAAGUGAAUUGCUUAAGUGAAGAUUAUCGAUUUACUCAUCUAGAAGAGUUGGUGUUUCAAGUCGACUUUGGUGGUUAUUCAAAGGGUAGGUUUGAUGCUUUGGCUAAUGAUGUCCAACAAGUAAGGGAGGGGCAAAAUCAACAAGCUCAAUCUCCUCAACAAAGAGGCAAUGCCGCAAACAACAAUGAAAGGGUUCAACCUCCACCACCAAGACAAGUUGUUCCUAGAUUGGAUCCUAUGGAGAGAUUGAGGAAACAAGAGCUUGGAGGUCAAGCCAUCAAUGACAAUUUGCGGCCUAGAAGAGGAGUUGAAAGAGAGGAGUCUAAAGACAACAUCAAGUACAAAAUCCCUAAAUUCAAUGGGAGAGGGUCACCGGCGGAUUACUUGGAGAGGGAGUCAAAAUUGGACAUGUAUUUUGAUUAUCACCCCUAUGCCGAAUCUAAGAAGAUGCAAAUUGCUAUCCUUGAGUUUGCGGAGAAUGUUUUGAAUUGGUGGAAUCAAUUGGUGCAAUCAAGGAGAAGAAAUUUGGAGAAACCUAUUGAAACUUGGUUGGAAUUGAAGAGUUUCAUGAUGAAGAGAUUUGUUCCAAGCUUUUAUGUCAAUUCUCUUUAUCAAAGCUUGCAAUCUUUGAGGCAAGGGACAAGGAGUGUUGAUGAGUACUAUUCGGAGAUGAUGUUGUUGAUGUCUAGGGCCGAGGUUGAUGAAGCUCCACAAGCCACUAUGGCUAGGUUUGUGGCGGGUUUGAAUAGAGAUAUUCAUGACAUAGUGGAGAUGCAACAACACUAUGAUGUUGAGGAAUUGCUUCAACAUGCUUUGAAGGCCGAGAGUCAAGUUAAAAGGAAUGGCGCUAAGAAGAGCUUUGCAUCAUCAUCAAGCUCAUCGAAAAUUCCAAUUAAGAAAGAUGAGAAAACUUUCAACAAGGAGAAGGAGGUGGCGCAAAAGGGGGUAAGCCCUAAAUCCGAUUCUAAGUCUUCAUCAAGUUCUUCUUCUAAGAAUCAUGUUAAGUGUUUUAAGUGUCAAGGAUAUGGAUCUAGUGGUGAUGGAGAUGAUGAUGAUGAUGGUGUUACACCGGCACUCUUGAACUUACUUGCAAGAAGAACUUUAAGUGCCUAUGUUAAAGGAGAUAAAGGAGAUGUGCACAAUCAAAGGGAGAAUUUGUUUCAUACUAGGAUGUAUCCGUGUGGGAAGCCUAGUAGUGUGAUCACUGAUGGAGGAAGUUUUACAAACAUAGCUAGUGUGUACUUACUGAAGGAGUUGUCGUUGCCCACUACCAAACACCCUAAAGCCUAUAGUUUAGGAUGGUUCAAUGAUAGAGAGGAGAUUAAGGUUAACAAACAAGUUUUGGUUUCUCUUUCUUUGGCAAGGUACAAGGAUGAGGUGCUAUGUGAUGUUCUUCCAAUGCAAGCAUGCCAUGUCUUACUUGGUCGACCAUGGCAAUAUGACAAGAAGGUUCAUCAUGAUGGUGAGACAAAUAAGUAUUCUUUUGUUUGCGGUAAGCAUCCUAUUACUUUGAUUCCUUUAUCACCUCAAGAAGUUUUAAAAGAUCAAUUGAAAUUGAAAGAGGAUUUUGCUAAAUUGGAAUCUGAAUAUAGGACUCAAGAAAAGGCUAAGAAUGUUAGUUUUAGUGCGAAUUGCGUUGACAACAAAUAUGUUUUGGUUGAUAAGCAUGCUAUUUCUAAGAAAGUUGUUAAGGAGUGUAUGUUAGUUACUAAGAGUGAGAUUAAAGAAGCUUUGAAUGAUAAUUCUAUUUUGAUCUUGCUUUUGCUUAAAAAUACACUUGUUGCUACUAACAACUUGGAAAGAGAGCUUCCAAGCAACAUUGUUUCUCUUUUGAGUGAUUAUGUAGAUGUGUUUCCUAAGGAAAUUCCUAGUGGUUUACCACCAAUUAGAGGGAUUGAACAUCCAAAUGACUUAAUCCCUAGAGCACAAAUACCUAAUAAGCCAACUUAUAGGACAAAUCCUGAAGAAACAAAGGAUUUGGAGAAGCAAGUUGGUAAGCUACUUCAAAAGGGUUUUGUGCGUGAAAGCCUUUCUCCAUGUGCAGUUCCUGUUUUGCUUGUUCCUAAGAAGGAUGGAACUUGGAGAAUGUGUGUUGAUUGUAGAGCAAUAAACAACAUAAUUGUAAAGUAUCGUCACCCAAUUCCUAGAUUAGAUGAUAUGCUUCAUGAAUUGCAUGGUGCUUGCUUAUUUUCAAAGAUUGAUCUUAAGAGUGAAAAUCAUCAAAUUCGCAUGAAAGAGGGUGAUGAAUGGAAAACUGCCUUUAAAACUAAGCAAGGGUUGUAUGAAUGGUUAGUUAUGCCUUUUGGAUUGACUAAUUCACCUAGUACUUUCAUGAGGUUAAUGAAUCAUGUUUUGAGAGCUUAUAUUGGCAAGUUUCUUGUUGUUUAUUUUGAUUAUAUACUUGUGUAUAGCCGAAACCUAGAUUAUCAUAUUGAGCAUUUGCGUUGUGUGUUAGAUGUACUUAGGGUUGAGAAGUUGUAUGCUAACCUUAAGAAGUGCACCUUUUGCACAAACAAGCUUGUUUUUCUUGGUUUUGUGGUGUCAUCGCAAGGUAUAGAAGUUGAUGAGGAGAAGAUCAAAGCAAUUAAAGAAUGGCCAACCCCCACCAACGUUGGUGAAGUGAGAUCUUUCCAUGGCUUAGACGGAUUCUAUAGGAGGUUUGUUAAGGACUUUAGCACCUUAGCCGCCCCUAUUACAAGUGUGAUGAAGAAGAAUGCACCAUUCAAGUGGGGAAAAGAACAACAAGAAGCUUUUGAGACCUUGAAGGAAAAACUAACUAAUGCUCCUUUGCUUGUUUUACCUAACUUUAACAAUACUUUUGAGAUUGAAUGUGAUGCAUCAGGGGAUGGAAUUGGAGCUGUUUUAGUGCAAGGUGGGAAGCCCGUAGUUUAUUUGAGUGAGAAGUUGAAUGAGUCUGCAUUGAAGUAUCCAACCUAUGAUAAAGAGUUGUAUGCUCUUGUGAGAGCAUUACAAACAUGGCAACACUAUCUUUGGCCUAAAGAGUUUGUGAUUCACAUCGAUCAUGAAAGCUUGAAGUACUUGAGAGGGCAACAAAAGUUGAACAAACGACAUGCUAAGUGGAGUGAGUUCAUUGAGAGUUUUCCUUAUGUGGUGCACUACAAACAAGGUAAAGAGAAUGUUGUAGCCGAUGCUUUAUCAAGGAGGUAUGUCUUACUUUCCAUGCUUGAUUCUAAGUUUCUUGGAUUUGAGUUUAUUAAGGAAUUGUAUGCUAGUGAUGUUUACUUUGGUGAAAUCUUUAAAGCAUGUGAAAAUUCUAGAUUUGGAAAGUAUUAUAAGCAUGAUGGAUUUUUCUUUAAAGAAUCUAGAUUGUGUGUGCCUUCUUGCUCAUUGCGUUAUGUUCUUGUGAGGGAAUCGCAUGAAGGGGGUUUAAUGGGUCACUUUGGAGUUGAUAGAACCUAUGAGAUAUUGCAUGAACACUUCUUUUGGCCUAAGAUGCAAUAUGAUGUAGGCAAGCAUGAUUCUAGUUGCAUUGUUUGUUUGCAAGCUAAAUCUAUAUCUAAGCCUCAUGGAUUGUAUACUCCUUUGCCUAUUCCUAAUGAGCCAUGGACACAUAUUAGUAUGGAUUUUGUGUUAGGUUUACCUCGUUCUAAGAGAGGUAAAGAUUUUAUCUUUGUGGUUGUUGAUAGGUUUUCUAAGAUGGCACACUUCAUUCCAUGCACUAAAACGGAUGAUGCCAUUAAUGUUAGAGUUCAAAUUGAGAAGAAAACACAACACUACAUGAAGGUUGGUAACAAAGGGCACAAGGAGAUCAUCUUUGAACCUGGAGAUUGGGUUUGGUUGCAUCUAAGGAAGGAGAGGUUUCCUGAAAAGAGAAAGUCUAAGCUCUUAGCUCGUGGAGAUGGUCCAUUCCAAGUCUUGGAGAGGAUCAACAACAAUGCCCACAAGCUAGAUCUUCCUAGUGAAUAUGGCAAUAUGCCAUUAGGUCAUGGAGAUGCCAGUAAGAUGGCAUUUGAUCCUUUAAGGAUGCCUUUGGGUCCGAUAACAAGAGCAAUAGCUAAGAAGUUCAAAGAUGCAUUAACAAGCUUUGUUCAAACUCAUCUUGAAGACUUGAAGUCCAUUGAAGAUCAAUUGGGAAGCAUUGGAGUCGACAUCAUCAAGAAUAUUCCCAACGAUUCCAAGCUUUGCACUUUACUUGAAAUCACUGAACCCUAG